AUGUCCAACCCAGGAAGUGAAAGCAGGCUAUUGCUGGGACUUAAUAGUCUGAAAAAAAUAUUGGUAAACCAUCCAGAUUCCUUACAGGCUUUGAGAGGUGUAUAUGAGUUGCUAUCAUGCAAAGUUAAUCCCCUUUUUUCUAAUGUUUUUAACAGGAGGACCGGAGAACCCCCAUUAAUAAAUGGUUGGAUUCCUUUCAUUGGGAAGGCCUUAACUUUUAGGAAAGAUGCUUUCAAAUUCUUGAUAUCUCAGCAACGAAAAUUUGGAGAUAUUUUCACUGUACACAUUGCUGGUAGAUAUAUUACCUUUAUCAUGGACCCAUUCCAGUAUGUUUAUGUGAUCAGAAAUAGCAAGCAACUUGAAUUUUAUGAAUUUGCUGAUAAAAUGGCAUCAAGAACUUUUGGCUAUCCCUCUUUGUCAAAUUUCCCAAACCUAAACGAAAAUCUGCAUCGAAUUUACCAAUACCUGCAAGGCAAGCCUUUGGACAUAAUUUCUGACCACAUGAUGAAAAAUCUCCAGCAUAUAUUUGAAUGGAAAUGCUCACAAGCAACAGAUUGGAAAACAGAAAAAAUGUACAAGUUCUGCAGCUUUCUAAUGUUUGAAGCCAGUUUUAUAACACUAUAUGGAAGAGAUCCUGCUGCAGAUGGCCACAAUGUUAUUAGUGAAAUCAGAGACAAAUUUACCAAGUUUGAUGCCAACUUUCCCUAUUUAGCUGCAAACAUACCAAUUGAGUUGCUAGGAGUUACCAAGAAGGUUCGGAAGGAGCUUAUACAUCAUUUUUUACUUCGGAACAUGGCAAAAUGGAUGGGAGGGUCAGAAGUGAUCCAAGCCAGAAAAGAUACAUUAGAGAAAUAUGAGCUGCUCCAAGAUUAUGACAAAGCAGCACAUCAUUUUGCCUUCCUGUGGGCCUCUGUGGGAAACACGAUUCCAGCUACAUUCUGGGCCAUGUAUUAUCUUCUGCGGCACCCAGAAGCUUUUGCAGUGGUGCGUGACGAAAUUGACCAUUUGCUGCAGUCAACAGGUCAAAAGAAAGGGCCUGGAUAUACCAUCCACCUCACCAGAGAACAAUUGGACAACCUGGUCUACCUAGAGAGUGCUUUAAACGAGAGUUUACGAAUGUGCUCGUCUUCCAUGAACAUUCGGAUCAGCCAAGAGGAUUAUAUUCUCAAGCUUGGAGGAAAUCAGGAAGUCAGUUUGAGGAAAGGAGACUGGAUAGCUCUUUACCCUCAAAUUUUGCACAUGGACCCUGAGGUCUAUGAAGAUCCUGAGGUGUAUAAGUUUGAUCGUUAUAUAGAGAAUGGCAAGAAGAAAACCACCUUCUACAAGGGAGGAAGAAAGCUGAAACACUUUCUGAUGCCUUUUGGCUCUGGAAUCAGCAUGUGUCCUGGCAGGUUCUUUGCAAUGAAUGAAAUGAAGCUGUUUCUGAUUUUAUUCUUGGCUCACUUUGACAUAGAACUAGUGGAAAAGAAGCCCAUAGGGCUCAACAACAGUCGUAUGGGCCUUGGUAUCCUCUUGCCAGACUCUGAUAUUGCCUUUCGUUACAAGAUAAGGUCUUUUUAGAAAAGUAAACUGCCUAUUGCAGACUUCCCACUAAGCUCACUUUUUUGCUGUUUCCUGGCUGCGUAUUUUCUUUUUAGACAUGUUUGCUUUUUCCUGUUCUGCUUUCAUCUCUCUCCUACUUCUGUAUGUUUAAGUGAAGAGAGAGUAAUGCUAAAUGUCUUAGGGCUGGAGGAUCACCUCCACAGACACGAGAGCAGGAGUGGCUGGAAAUUGAUAAGGGGGCAUGGAAGAAAGCAGCAACUCUGAGACAUUCACCCUGCACACAGGGCCAGCUCCAGGGUUUUGGCCGCCCCAAGCAGCCAAACAAACAAACAAAAAAAAGAGCCGCGAU